AUGAGUCCGCCCCCUCCUCUCGUGGACGCCCGGCGCUACGCCCACCGGCGAAAGGCGGACUGUGAGCUCGUGCACUCCGGAGGCCCCUACGGCGAGAACAUCUUCGAGGGCUCCGCCGGGUACACGCCGGCCGACGCCGUCGACGACUGGGUCUCCGAGCGGCGGUACUACGACUACCACAGUAGCAGCUGCGUCCCGGGCCAGGCGUGUGGGCACUACAACCAGGUGGUGUGGGCUGACUCGGUUCACCUCGGUUGCGCUCAGGUGACGUGCGACGACGGCGACACCUUCGUCACUUGCAACUACGACCCGCCGGGCAACGUCGACGGCCAGCGUCCUUACUAG